AUGGGUUCUAAACCUUAAAAAUAACCAGAUCCUCCAAAAUCCGAUGUAGCCUAAUUCGAAGAUUAAAUUCCUGUAUAUAAUAGACCUAAAUCUCCAGAUAUUGGAGAAUAGGCUAAGAUAUAAGCAGUUGGGAUUAAACCUGAUGAUAAUAUUGAUAGGUAUAGUAUAUUUAUCAAAUAAUAUAAAGGGAGGCAGCAAAUAAGAGAUAAGCAGAAAGGCAAAGAAAUUCUAAGAUGGAAGGAUAAUAGAAAAUAUAACUUCCAUAAAAAAAAAUAGAAUAACCAAAAAAAUAAUCACAGAAAUUUGUUAUUAAUUCAACAUAGUAAAAUAAUAAUAGUUUGGAUUUAUCGUAUGAUUAAUUUUUAAAUGGACUAAAUUAGAAUGAUAUUAAAGAAUUAGAAAAAUAAUUAGAAAGUGAUGAAUUGUCUCCAAUCAAUAAAACAAAUACUGAAUGUAUGUGUAAAAUAUUAUCAGAGCUUAAAAAUAGGCACUUGAUGAAUAGAAAAUUAAGGUAGCAGAAUAAAAAAUAUGGAAAUUAAAAUAAAAAAUAAAAAGAUCUUUUAAUUGGCCAGCUUCUGGAUAAGUAUAUAUGGUUUCAGUGACUUUUAAAUAUAAUUAUUAAUACAAAACAUAAAAGUUAGCAGUAACAUAACCUUUUGAUAAUUAUGUAAAUUCUAUUUUAACUUGGAAAAAUAAUCCAUAAUUGGGAGUUUAUGAGUUUAAAUUAAGAGAUAUAGAUAUUUAUAAUACAGAAACAGGAGAUGUUUAAUAACUUAAAUUUAAUGAAGUAGAAUUUAUGGUUGAUUAUAAUGGAGUUUUUGUAAGAAAAUAAUUUAUUUUAGAUUGGAGUAAAACAUGAAAGUGAUUUUAUUAAAAAACUUGGGUAAUAAAAACGAUACUAUGAGAAAGAAUAAAUAAAGGAAAAAAUGGAUAGAGAUUAAUUAUUAAAUAAUCAAUUAAAUAAUUUAGAAAGAUUAGCUAAUAAUAAAUUAUAAACAAAAUAAUCAACUAAAAAUAAGAAAUAAAAGCCAGAAGCUAUAAUAUAGAAAACGGAAAAAUAAUUAGAGUAAUUUUGGACAAAUGCAUUUUAAUGUUGGUAUACUUUGAAUGAAGAUGAAGCUGAAAAAAUUUUUUAUGCAGGUUAAGAAUGUGUAAUUUUAUAAAAAAGAGAAGAAGAUCCUUAAAAAAAAUUAGAAAAUUUCCUAAUAAAGAAAUUACAAGAACCAGAAUUUUUUAAAUCUUGUUUAAAUUCUGUUAAAACCAUAAAGGAUCCUUUAAAAAAAUGGGGAAUGUUUAGUAAUGAAGAGAUAUUAGAAUAUUUGGGUGGAACAAAACAUGUAAGAAUUUUUAAAUGCUUAUAUAGAGUGUUGUAUAAAUAUAAAAGAAAAUAACUUUUCCAAUUUUAGAAAAAUACAAAAUUAUUGAUGGAAUACUUAAUAAUAGUGAUUUAACUCCAUUAGUAGUCAAAUGGAAUUAAUGUAGAAAGACAGUUAUAGAACAUGAGAGAGACUUAUUUGUAGAUAUUGAAUAGGAGAAAAAGUAUAUAUAUAAACAUAAAAUUUAGAUUAUUAACAUUUAUUUGGGAUAAAUAAUUAGAUAUUAAAAUGAAAUUAAGAUCUGAAAAUAUAUUUGUGGAAGAACUUAAUAAAUUUAGAGAUGAGUGUGAAUUAGAACUGAAAGAAAUGUUGUUCUAAUUGUCAACAAUACCGAAUUUUCCAAUGGAAAAUAGACCUAAAUAUAAAGAAAAAUAUUUCUAAAUUUU